AUGAUACAGGUGCCUGCGCCAAGAAGCGCGCUCAUUCUCUACGGUACAGAGACUGGCAAUUCGCAGGACAUCGCGUAUGAACUUGGUCAAUGUCUUGAGCGCAUUCAUUUUGCCACCAAGAUACGCGAGCUGGACGGCGUCUCGAUACCAGAUCUUCCUCAAUAUGAUCUUCUUGUCUUUGCCAUCUCAACAACUGGACAAGGAGACUUUCCAUCCAACGCACGCAAAUUCUGGUUGAGUCUACUUCGCAAGAAAUUGCCCUUGAGUAUACUGUCGGCGGUUAAGUAUGGGUUGGUCGGACUCUGCGACAGUUCUUAUCCCAAAUUCAAUCUUGCAGGCCGGAAGUUGAACAAACGUUUGCAGCAGUUAGGGGCGACCUCGUUAUUGUCACCUUGUGAGGCAGAUGAACAAGGUCAAGAGGGUACGGAAGGUGCCUUUUUGGAAUGGCUACUGUUGUUCCAGGAGCAAGUGCUACUCAAUUUCCCACUUCAGGCUGGACAAACACAAGUACCAGCCGGACAUAAAUUACCUAGUGAGUGGCUGCUCGCAAAAGCCACGACCGACGACCAAUGUACCUCUGGUUUCCGGAACGGUGAACACAUUGUCUCCGCCAAAAUCUCAAAAUACUCCCCCGAAUUAAGCUUUCCUGUUGUCCUUGAGCGAAACGAGCGUGUAACCCCUUCUGACCAUUGGCAAGAUGUGAGGUUAUUGAGACUUAGGGCCAUGGAAGCAAUAAAUUAUAUGCCUGGUGAUGUACUCGCUCUACGCCCACAGAAUCUUCCCGAGGAUGUGAAUCAGAUCAUAAGUCUACUUGACUGGCAAGACAUGGCCGAUACGAAGCUCAAACUUCAAAGCACUCGAUCGAUGCAAGGUCCGGACGAUGUAUUCGAUCCCAUGCUUCGUGGGCUGGAUUCGGUCACUCUACGCCAACUGUUAACAGAGUACCUCGAUAUUUAUGCUGUUCCACGACGUUCGUUUUUCUCCAAGAUUGCUCAUUUUACUGAAGAUGAGGUGCAGAAGGAACGUGCCCUGGAGUUUACCGAACCUCAAUACCUUGAUGAGUACUUCGAUUAUGCUACUAGACCACGACGAGGCAUUCUCGAAGUACUCCAAGAAUUCCAUACCGUCAAGAUUCCAUGGCAGGAGGCUAUCAAUACCUUUCCACUCCUGCGCCCUCGACAAUUCAGUGUGGCCAGUGGUGGUCACUUGAAAGCAGAUGGCUUUUGUUUCGAACUCCUGGUUGCCAUUGUUAAGUAUCGGACUGUUAUCAAGAGAAUUCGUGAAGGAGUUUGUACGAAAUACCUUGCACAGCUGCCAGUCGGCACUAGACUGAAUGUCGUCCUUCACACAGAAGGUCGCUUUCACAACCGUUUGGCAGACAUGGAUCGACCUCAUCUAUUGAUAGGAGGUGGUACUGGCAUAGCUCCUUUGAGAAGCGUUAUUCUGGAGAAGAGUGCUUUUGUCGGAGCACAAGCAACGUCCUUGCUCAUAUUUGGUUGCAGAAACUCGCAUUCAGACUAUUUCUUCAGCACGGACUGGUCGAAGUUGGAGAGCCAGGAGCAAUCAUCCUUCCGAGUCAUUCCAGCGUUUUCAAGAGAUCAGGACAGGAAGAUCUAUGUUCAAGAUCGUAUUCUGCAACAUGCAGAGUUAAUUCGAGAAAUCCUUUCGGCACCGAAUUCGAUCCUUGUCGUUUGUGGCUCAUCUGGUGCAAUGCCAAAGGCCGUCCGCCAAGCACUCAAGGACGUACUUGCAAGUACUACUGAGGCGGCUGCGGAGAACUAUCUUGUGCAACUGGAGAAGGAGGGUCGAUACAAGCAGGAAACCUGGUGA